UGUAAAUUCUCAAAACAAUCCUAAAUUUCUUAUCUUCUCCAUUUCCGCAGAAGCAAACAUGGCUCUCUGUUUUCUUGUACCGAAUCCCAUUAAAGUUUCACAAUCAUUUCCAAAGAGUUUUUCUUGGUCUUCAAAACCUACAUUCCCAGCAAUUGCAAGCUUUUAUUCAGCAAUUCCUCGUUUAGGUUACAGCAACUUGAAGAAACUCAAUGCCCUUCACUGCAGCAAUCUUCCUACUGCUUCCACAAAUAACACUCAGUACGAGUUUUCUGAUGGCUCUUCUGAGGUGGAAUUGAGAUUAGAACUUGGGCAGGGAGAUGUAACUCCUAAGGAGAUAUAUGUAGAUGCAAAUGAAAGUUCUUUAGCAAUUAGAAUAGAGCAAUCUGGAAUUAUUCGGACUCUCAUGGAAACCAGCACUCUGUAUGAGAAGAUAAAGCCUGCAGAGACAAUAUGGUACAUAGACGAUGAUCAAUUAGUAAUUAGCUUGAAGAAGCAAAACUCUGAGUUGAAAUGGCCUGACAUUGUGGAGUCUUGGGAGUCCCUAAGUGCUGGAAUUACACAACUCCUUAGAGGAACUUCAAUAUACUUAGUUGGGGAAUCUACUGAAAUCAACCAGAGGAUUGCUCGAGAACUGGCUGUUGGACUAGGGUACACCCCUCUUAGUACUACGGAGCUGCUAGAAGCAUAUGCCAAGCAACCAAUUGAUUCAUGGGUAAAUGAGGAGGGGUCUGAUGUUGUAGCAGAAGCAGAAAGUGUUAUACUAGAGAGCCUCAGUAGCCAUGCCCGUGCUGUUAUUGCAACCUUGGGAGGGAAGAGAGGUGCCGCUGGAAGAGCAAACCAAUGGAGGCAUCUUUUUGCUGGAUUCACAAUCUGGCUUUCCAUAUCUGAAGCCACAGAUGAAGAAUCUGCAAAAGAGGAAGCAAAAAGGAACAUGCAAGAUAGUGGUCGAGGUUACUCUAAUGCUGAAGUGGUAGUAAAGCUCGGAGGUUGGGACCCUAACUAUUCAAAGUCAGUAGCUCAGGCUGUGCUUAGUGCACUUAAGCGCUUAAUUUUGGCAGAUAAAGACCUUCCAGGAAAAAAGAGUUUAUACAUCAGGUUGGGCUGCAGAGGUGAUUGGCCAGACAUCAAACCACCGGGUUGGGACCCGUCAAGCAGCGCUGAUGUAUUUUCUCCCUCCUCAUAGCAGAGUCAUAGUGUAUGCAUUUAAUUGUAACUAUCUCCCUCACCUUUUCCCCUUGUAUUUUUCUGUAUGAAUAUAUGAUAUAAUAGGAAACUUUGUCCUUGAGGGGCAUCAACUUGGUUGUUGUUACAUUCUUUAUAUGAACUGUAAGAAAGGUUUUGGCUUCGUUUGGACAA